UUUAUGUGGUUAAAGGAGUUUCAAAGACCACCAACUGCUUGGGAGGUGAUGGAGAAAACUAAGAAAUUGAAGUCGGGAGAAUGGGUCAAUGACAAGUCUCGCGAAUUUGCUGAGAAAUAUCAACAUCGUCGAGAUGAAAUCUUACAACGUUCGACAGAGGAAGGCACAUCUACACAGGAUUCCCCUAACACUGCUACUUCUGUUAAUCAUAAUGAAAUAUAUUUGAAUGUUGUUGGAGGUCCAAAUUACAAGGGGAACGUGUACAACCUAGGUACUUUGAGCAAAAGGUUUAGUUGCUCAAAAUCAGUUCCAUCUACUUCUAUUGUUCCUGUGGAAGACCAAAUAGAGGACCAUGUUAAUGAUGCUCAGGUUGAUCGUCCUCAUGACAUGGGAAAUUAUCAUUGACUCUUGGUUAUUGUUUACUUUACUUUGAUUAGGCCAUGCUAGUUAUGAAUUUGAACUUUAUUAAACUUUUACGUUCCAUUUGAUUAAACUUUGAAAA